AAUGUCACUCAUUUUCAACUUCACAGAAGUGCGCGAUGCACUGAACUUGUGUGGACAUGAUUAUGAUGUCAGCAAGAUUAAUCCACCUUUCCCGUCAUUUCCCUCAAUAUGGCUUAUGCCAUCCUUCAGGACUCAUUUCAAGUGCUCGCAUGCAAUAUAACAACCUGGCACACAUGGGUAAACAGAUGGCCAUCACAUCCACACACACCACGCAUGUUCAAGCGGCCUCAUUCUCCUCUGACCUUGCCUCAAGAAAAUACAGUCUAAUCUAUGCAUUUCCACUAAUCAGGGGCCUGCGGGCUCUUUCAAGACUCAAACUCUUACAAACGGGCAUCACUGUUGUCCUGCUGCCCACUGUGUAUUACCUCCACCUGCAGGGCCAGGCCUCAGUGUUGCUCUUUAAUCGCUCCGUAGGCAUCGCUGUGUUUGCUGGCGUCAUGCUUUACUCCAUAAGCCACUUUGUCAGAAGAGUGGUUGGCAUGAUGUAUCUGGAUUCAACACAGACCGUCCUAAAGGUGUCGCAUCUUAGCUUUUGGGGCCACAGAAGAGACACGUAUGUCCCUGUGUCAGAUGUCGUGACUCUGGGAGAUUCAGGAGACUCCAGAGGAGAAGUGGUACUUCGGUUAAAGCGCUACAGCACUUCUAAUGCCAUGUACUUUUCUACCAGACUGGGGAGAGUGGUGGAUAGACAAGCAUUUGGGAAGGUUUUUGGGAGUUUGUCAUGAAUUUAUGUUCUGAUUUUUAUGCCAUGUCAUAUAAAACUGCAUCUUUUCCCCCAACUAUUAAAAUUAAAUCAAGGAAAUGAAAGAUCUUAUGGUAAAGUAUAUCUAGGGUUUGUUUUAUGCAAUCUCUUCAAAAUUUGUGGUGUAACAGAUCCCAAAUCUCACAGUUUGGAUCACGUUAUGGUUUUUUAGUGACUGAUCGCACUACUUUUCGGAUCAGCCAAAAAGGGAAGACAAAUUUAACUUGCUUUCAAUUUACUACAAAAACAGCACUGCGAGACACUUUUGGUUUUAACAAACAGAACCUAGAACUUGUAAUUUUAUUAAAAAUAAAAUGAAGUAAUAAUCAGCUGAAUAAAAAUAAAUUGUGGAAAAUUCACUGUUUACUGUUGCUGAUGACGCUAAAUCUCUAAAUCGAACAUUAUAAUUUGUACAAUUCAUAUUUAUUUUUAGUCUCAUUUUCAAUAAAUGAUUUAGAUAUUCACUCAUAAA